AUGAUGGGAAAAGAAGUUGCUAAUUGGGAGAGUUUUGUUAAAAUAUCUUUAUGGCUGGCUAUCUUACUUUAUUGGAUUUCUGGAAUUGUGUUAACGUGCAUAGGAGUGUCUAUUCAAGUGAAGCUCCAUGAUACUUUCACAGUGUUGGAUGAUGCAGCUUCAGGGGUUCCUGUGAUCAUAACAGUUGUUGGCAUGCUUAUCAUCCUUGUAUCUACCAUUGGGGCAGUUGCUCUACUAAAAUGCAACCCUAAGAUGAUCAAAUGGUUCAUAGGCUUAUUGCUGAUACAGUUGAUCAUCGAAAUUGCACUUGGCAUGGCUGCCUGCACUUACAGAGAAAAGGUACAUCAAACUUUGUUGAAAGAUGUCUUGAAGACCUUGGAGAAAUAUAAUGGAGAACUGCAAAUCACCAAGGGUGUGGAUAGUCUACAGACACAGUUCCAGUGCUGUGGUGCACAGAAUUAUACUGACUGGUUAAACACAACGUUUGGGUCCCUCUCUUCAUCUGUCCCAAGGAGUUGCUGUAAAGUACCUGUGGAAAGCUGUGUAACAGAUCUAAGCAAAGAUACAUUAGGCAUUAACAAGAAGGGAUGCGUUCUAAAACUGAAGAACUGGGUUGAAGAACACAUUACUAUAUUUGGAGGAAUUGCGAUGUUUGUUGGACUUGCUCAGCUAACUGGGAUCCUGUUUUGUUAUCUGCUGCUGAAACUAUUAAAAGAAAACUAUACGAGUAUCGAGUAAAUUAAAGAAGCUGAUGCAAAUUUUAUGGAAAGAAUUGGAAGGCAACAUUUACACUGUUCUCACUGUCUUGCUGAUUGUUACGUACAAAUAAAAUACA